CGCGCAGAUAACUCAUUCACGUUUCCCAUGCCCCUCGAGAACUCGAGGGGCAUGAUGCGAUGGAUUGAUAGAUCGCUGCUCGGGUUACAUGCCAAUAGGGCCGAGUUCCGACUAUAAAGUAUUUGGAGCUCUCCCAGCAUUGUGACUCUGUUGAUGCGCAGAUCCUGACAUCCAUCUAUAUCAUACUCGGUCUUGGAGCGCCGUGAGAUCGUUCAAGUUUCUGUCCUUUAAAUCGCUCCAUCUUUCCCCGCAUUCAUCAACAAUGCGCUCUGCCUUGGCCCUCGCCCUCACCGGCGCAAAUGCCGUCUUGGCGGCCUCAUCCUCCUACCCCCCAAGACCUACCUACUCAACCAUUGAGCCCAGCCUCACACAAGUCCUUGCUGCUCAAGCUACCCAGACGACGCUGUCCCCCGUUAGCAAUGUGAAGGGUGCUGGGUUUGACCGCUUUGUCCAAAUUUGGCUUGAGAACACCGACUACAACAAAGCCGCUGCAGACCCCAAUUUCAAAUGGCUUGCAACCCAAGGAAUUACGCUUACAAACUACUUUGCAACAACCCACCCUUCAGAACCCAACUACUGUGCUGUAGUGGGUGGAGACAACUUUGGAAUGGAUGCGGAUGAUUUCAACCAGGUCCCAGCCAACAUCUCUACUGUCGUUGAUUUGCUGGAUACAAAGGGUAUCUCGUGGGGAGAAUAUCAAGAGCACAUGCCGUAUGCAGGAUUCCAGGGAUUUAAUUUCUCCAACCAAGAGACAUACGCAAACGACUAUGUCCGCAAGCACAACCCCCUUAUCCUCUAUGAAUCCGUCACCUCGAAUGCCACUCGCCUUUCCCUCAUCAAGAACUUCACCUCCUUCGAGUCUGACCUCCAGGCCCAGACUCUUCCCCAGUGGAUGUUCAUCACCCCCAACAUGACGAAUGAUGGUCACGACAGCACAAUCACCGUCGCUGCUUCCUGGUCGCGCAGCUUCUUGGAGCCUUUGCUGAACAACAGCUACUUCAUGAACAACACCCUUAUCAUGAUCACCUUUGACGAGACCGAAACCUAUACGACGCAAAACAAGGUCUUCACCCUUCUUCUCGGAGGAGCUAUCCCAACUUCUUUGCAUGGCACUACCGAUAAUACCUUCUACAAUCACUUCUCCGCCAUCUCUUCGGUCUCUGUAAACUGGGGUCUUCCCUCCCUCGGCCGCUGGGACUGCAACGCCAACGUCUUCGAGACCGUAGCUAACGCAACCAAGUAUGACAACUCUAUUGUUGACACCACCAACCUCUUCUUCAACAGCUCCUACCCCGGCCCCUUGUCGGACGCCUUGUACCUCCCCGUCUGGCCCGCCCCUGAUACCGAGGCUAAAUGCGCUUCUGGACAAGGCGUCCUGGAAUCAAUUGUGAACACCUGGGGAAAGAGCAGUGGCUCGGACAACUACACCAACGUCUACCCAUACAACGAGGCGGCUGGAAACAACGUUGGUGGAAGCGCGAGCUUGGAGACGCCAACCGCGACUUCGACCGGAUCGCAGACCGGCACAGCUACAAGCUCCGCAACCGGAAAGGCUACCUCGAGCAAGAGCGCCGCUGGCAUCCAGAUGCCAAACGCUGGUAUAAUUGCCGUCAUUAGCUCGUUGUUGGCUCUCAUGUUGUAAAAGUUCUGUGAUGUUUUAAUAUGAGUGUAUGACAUGGUACAUAGGUAGGCAGUUUUAGGGUCAGGUAACCUCUGACUACAAAAUAUAGAUUAUCCUUCCUUAAAAACCUUAGAUCCUAGAGAAAUACUACCUGUCUACUGAAAACCAG